AGAAUCUGGUGCGUUAUACUGCGCGGAGAAUUUUUCUUCCAUAUUUAGCAAUAUUAUAAUAUCUAUUAGUUAAAUAACUUAAUCAUAAAGAAUAUAUGAGAAAAAAUAAACAUAAGGCGAGGUUUGGAAAAACAGUCUGUUAGGAGACAGCGAUUCUCUCUCCUUGAAUCGCAUCAAUCCAGGCUUUUUUUGUCAUCCUUACAAAUCUGAAAUUCUUUCUUUUUCACAACCAACUCUUUACCUUUUUGAUUUUCUUUUUCGAUUUUUUCAAUUGUGUUUUUGAUUUUGAAAUCGGAGGUGCGGUUAGGGUUUCUGCGGCAACUGCAUCGAUUGUAAUGCUGUGAAGUAGGUGGCGUGAAGAGUAGUCGUUCCGGCUCUGAAAAUGGCCACCGACUUGCAGAUGACGCCUCAGUUGGAGCAGAUCCAUGGUGAAAUUCGCGAUAAUUUUCGCGCUCUCGCAAAUGGCUUCCAGAAGCUGGAUAAGAUUAAAGAUCCCAAUAGACAAAGUAAACAGCUGGAGGAACUUACAGGGAGAAUGAGGGAGUGUAAAAGAUUAAUCAAGGAGUUUGAUCGUGAAAUGAAAGAUGAGGAGCGUGGAAAUCCUCCUGAGGUUAAUAAGCAGCUCAAUGAUGAAAAACAAUCUAUGGUCAAGGAGCUGAAUUCAUAUGUGGCUUUGAGAAAAACGUUUAUGAGUAGCCUUGGUAAUAAGAGACUUGAACUCUUUGACAUGGGAGCAGGAGCUAGUGACCCUACAGCAGAUGACAAUGUUCAAGUGGCCUCAUCAAUGUCCAAUCAAGAGCUUAUACAAGCUGGGAACAAGACGAUGGAUGAGACUGAUCAGACCAUUGAACGCUCUAAACAGGUUGUUGCACAAACAAUUGAAGUGGGAACAGGAACCGCUGUUACCUUAAAAGGCCAAACUGACCAAAUGGGCCGCAUUGUUAAUGAGCUGGAUACAAUUCAAUUCUCAAUCAAGAAGGCCUCUCAGCUGGUGAAGGAGAUUGGUAGGCAGGUGGCUACGGAUAAAUGCAUAAUGCUUUUCCUAUUUCUUAUUGUGUGUGGUGUAAUAGCCAUUAUCAUUGUGAAGGUAUGUAUUCUCUCGCGUUUAUCAUUUAUGACCUUGAACUUUUGCAACGUGCUUAACUCACCUGCUUUAAUUGAACUUAAAGGUGAAAUGAACCCCAAACCUGCUCCCUCAGGUGUAGCUCAGCGGUAGGUGCUCUUUGCUAGAGGUCUUGAGUUGGAUCCUCCCUUGUAUUUAAGUGGUAAGGGUAGAGCUACUGGUCCACCAGGUUUUGCUUCGCCUGCAGUUGGGACAAAUGCCUAGCUAUUGGGAUAGAUUUUGGGCUAUAGAUAAAAAAAUCCAAAAAAAAGAAAUGGAUCUGAAUCUGCAGUCCCACCAAGCACAUAGUGUCUUCUUAAGCUGCAUCAUUGGAGUUUUGGCAUAGGAAAAUUUUACAGGAAAAUUGAAAAGCUCUGUUGUAUUUGGUUUUAGUGGUGGAACUUCCAUUGGUAGAAAAUACGAAGCCCAAGGAAACCAUAAAAUGUGAAAUGUGAAUGCCAAGAUGCUAGAAAUUUAAUAGGCAAAAUACUCCAGAAUUUUAGGUUCAAAAGGGCCAUUGUCUGUGUAGCUUGGUGGAGCUAGAGCAUGGGGUCUAGCAGUAUCCACCUUCAUAGCCUGGACUGCAAACCUAUGCUUAUUAGUUACACCAAGUUGAUAGGAUCUCACCCUAGUGUUCUAUUCUGUCUUGCAGCAUUACCUAACAAUUUUCAUCAUACUAGCCUUUGGCUGCAUUGAUUGUGUGCGUUUCUCCAUAUUAACUUAAAUUUUCUAAAAUUUUAGAUUGUGAACCCCAACAACAAGAGCAUCAAGGACGUCCCUGGAUUGGCACCUCCAGCCCCUUCAAGGAGGCUGUUGUAUCUGAAGGCUUCGGAUUAUUUGGAGUAGGUCCCAUAUGUGUCCAGAUUGUGAGUGGUUUCCUUUUGAUUAUUAUAUGGUUCGAUGUGUGGGUGGGACACAGAGAGGUGAGGAUUGUGCGCCUUCUGUUUUUUUUCCCCUUUUAAUCGUUUCGGUUUAUAACUAUUCUUGCCUGAGAUGUGUAUAUCAUGUUUGUGAUUCUAUGUGUAAAUCAUAUCUGAGGUGGCUAUUUUACCUUUGCCCUUUUUGCUUUGUUUUGAACCUUACGGUUCUUCUGUAUACAUUCUGAAAUUGUUGUAGAGCUAGGACAGAAAUAAUACUCGUCAAUUCUGCUA